GAAAGAGAAGCCGGGACAGGGUGUGACUGUCAGACAGAACUGAAACACUGUGACACACUGCUGGACACCCAACACCCGCCUCUGGAAGAAACGUCUGUGAAGUUUUCACAAUCAGCUCAGAGGAAAGAAGACUAACAGAGCAACGGGGCACAGUGCCUUGUCUUGAAGUUCUAGGGACUUUUCACUUUUCCCAAGGACACUUCAACAGACGAGACACUUGUGGUGUUGACUUAGCUGAGCCUGGUCCCUUUGCAUGUACCAAAGACCAUGCUGUACCUAAAGAAAUACUUCACAGAGGGCCUUAUCCAGAUGGCCAUCCUGCUCAGCCUGUGCGGAAUGAGGAUAGAUGUGGGACUGGAGCCCUACCUGCCUCCCUCCUGGCACAACAUGAUCCUGGGUCCCACCUCAGCAUUGACCCAGACGCAGUUCCACAACCUCCGCAACCGCCUGGAGGACGGUCAUGGCCUGCAUCCCAAGAAUGUGGACUUGGAUGGGUUCUUCACAGCACGGAGGCUGCUGGGCUGGGUCCACUCUCUGGACAGACUACAGGUUCCUCAUGCAGAGCUGGAGGCAUGGCUGGUCCAGCGUGAGCCAGAUCCUCUCCCUGUGGGAUUUCCAGACCAGACCUCCCCAUUGGUGAGAGCAGUUGAUGGGGCAGAGAGAGACCGAAUUGCCUCGUCUGAGGAAUCCAGAGCUGUAUUUAGUACCAUGCAGCAAGACGAGGAGGAGGAGGAGGAGGAGGACAAAGAGGAAGAAAUGUAUCAUGUGCUUCAUCCCAAUGGUGCCCUGGAUGAGAGAAGGGAGGAGGAGGAGGAGGAGGAGGAGGAGGAAGACUUUGCCCAGAUGUACAGACAUUACAGCAGGGCAGAAGGAGGAGGGAGACCAGGAGAUUCCUAUGGUUGUGCUAACAACAGAGAGCUAACUCAUAAUGAUGAAAACCAGACUUCUCUCUCUUUCCAGGAGUGUCUGAGGCUGUUUGAGGAAAACUUUCCCUUCACAGAAGGAGAACAGUUGCAUGAUGUUGGCGGUAGAGAUGGAGGCCUGGAGCGUCCCUCCCCAGACAGAGAGACCAUGCUGCCCCCCUUCACCCCCCCCACUGGAAACCCCUCCUUGGACAUGGAGCUCCACUGGCAGGACCUGUUGGCUAUCAUGGAGCCUGAGAGCACAGAUGUCGACAUGAUGACUUCAUUUGACCACACAGGGAAUUCAGGAGCAACUGGGACCCUUCCACAGCAAAACUGUGACAACCAUGACAAAGACGCAACAGAUGCUCAUCCGGAGGUCCUUCUGAUGGAGGCUCCCCUGCAUCACGGUUUGUUGGGGGCUCCAAGUCAGUCAGAGCUAGAACCAAACCAGUUAACACUCACUCCCAGCGCAGAGUUGGAUGACCAGCGUUCAGCCUUUGACACACGGGACACUUUGAAAAACUGUAAUAUGAACCACUUGCACAGUCCUCCAGAUCUGCUUGCAGAAGAUCCUUCAGAAGACUUCUGCCUGAGUCUUAAUGCAGAAGAUAACAUGAGUACCUUCAACCUAAAUCUGCUAACACAAGAUCAUGUGGAAACCAUGGAAAGCAGUCCGAGUACUCAGUACAAUCCCUGUCCUGAAAACCUUCCUAGUUUCGAUGUCAACUUUCAUUCACGUGACUUGACACCUUCCAGUGUCACCCCACCUCUGGAGGGGAAUGGUGUGACCCAAGACUUUCUGACAUCUCCGUCUAGUGUCUUUCUGGUUGACGAGGAGGAUGAUGAGGAUGGUCUCCCAAGCCCACUCAUUGACCUCUUAGAGGAUGCUGCCAUCUUGAAUGAGAUCAGAUUGUUGGACCUGGCUCUAGAGGAAGGAUUCAGUCCUGAGAUGGCAGCCAGGCUGGAGGAGGAGGGCUACCUUGACCGUGAUGUAGCCCAACCGGAAACUGGCAGAGAUGAUCACCACUCAGGCUCUAGUAGAAUCACAGAAAAUUGGGGUCAAGAUGGUGGGAAUGAGGCAGACUCAGACUCCGGUCUCUCUGUGGACUUCAGCUAUAGCCCUGCUUCUCCAAGCGCUUCUGAGGCCUCCUCCUAUUCCUCUUCCUCCUCUUCCUCAUCCUGUGUGUCAGCUGAGGGAAGUCCCUUCUCUGAAGAUGAGGGUGAGGAUGCAGAGUACGGGUUAGUUGGUUCAGAUAUGGAGGUGGAGAUGACCAUAAAGCAGGAGCGGCUAGAAGAGGAGGAGAUGGGUGCAGCAGGAGGCAGGCACCCUGAAGAUGUUAUGAAACCCUUCUUUCCUGACUAUGGGGAUGACAAGCUGUUUAAUGGUUUUCCUUGGCUGGAGCAUAUUGGCCAUGAUCACACAUACAACCAGCCCUGGUCACCCCCCUCCUCUCCACUCCUGGGCAAGAUGCCCACGAAACAAACCAAAUCCUCCCCACAACAUGACAAUGUAAAGCCUUACCGCCGCUCCUCCUCCAGACACUCCCUAUCUGAGACCAAAAUGCAGAGUCGGGAUGAGCGCCGUGCGCGAGCCUUGAAAGUUCCGUUCUCCAAUGAGCUGAUUGUUAAUCUGCCAGUGGAAGAGUUUAAUGACCUGCUGGCCAGCUGCCACCUCAGUGAGGAUCAGCUUUCCCUUGUUAGGGACAUACGGCGCCGUGGUAAAAACAAGAUAGCUGCCCAGAACUGCAGGAAGAGGAAAAUGAAUGUGCUGGUGAGUCUGAGUGACGAUGUGUCAGGUUUAAGGCGCUACCGCUCACGGUUGCUACGAGAGAAACAGGAAGCUCUAAGGAAGCUGCAGGAAAUGAAGCGCCAAGUGGGCAUGUUGUACCAAGAAGUCUUUUCCAGGCUGAGGGACGAGGAGGGAAGGCCACUCGAUGCGAUGGAAUACCUUCUUGAUUUUGAGCCCAAUGGCAGUGUCACGGUGGCCUCACGCCAACAAGGUCCACUGACAAAAAACAACAAGAAACAGAGGGACAAGAAGAAGUGAGGAGGUGAAUUUACCAUUAAAAAAGAGAAGAGAGAUCCUUAACAGGCCUGUGAUCAAAACCACCAAAAACAAAAAAAAAAAGAAAUGGAAAACACUGAUGCGCUGGUGGAUGAAGGAGCCCAGGAAUUCUUUAUCUUGUGUAAUGGAACCAUGAAUUCCUCACCCAUACCCUGAGAAGAGUGGAGUACCAAGAUGAUGUCAAACAUUUUCUACACUGGAAAAGGAUUUGAGUCGUACUUGAACAACCCAGAGGUAAACUGAGGCUAAUAUAGUGGAAUCAACGACAGACCUUGGAAAUGCUGGUUCGAUGACUAUGGAAAGUCCUAUUUUCUCUCUUGUCAGCUCCAUCAGAGACUCAAACAUAUUGAGAUAAAUGAGCAAACAGACUGUUAGUUAGGCUGGAUGCUGGCAAUCAGCUAAACAGUCAAAGACAUUACAGUGACUCUGAGCGACCAACUGGUGGAAGUUGUGGUUUUCCCUCUUGACCUGACAGAGGUGCAGCACCUCAAAUACACGUCAGCAGGCUAAAGACUUGGAGUCAUGGACAUCAAACCAGGAUAUGUUCAGCUCCCAGAUGAUACAGCAACCAGAGAGCACCCCGCUGCCAAACUGAAUCAUGUUAUGUACUAUCUUCUUUGAAAUUCUAGCUUGAGAUGGAAUUGCAAUCUUGGUGUCUUUGCUGAACUGAACUGAAACAGACUUGGAGUCUGGUAGGUUUUCCUGGAAAUGUAACUUUAUGGGUGCUACUACUACCACUUCACUGACAUAGAAGGUAUGAAAGGCAGUUUACAAAAAGCUAAAAUUUUCUUUGUCUAUAUAAGAUAUUAAAGAAUGUGGCAACUGAGAGAUAGAUUAACACCAACUGUACACCUGAAGAUGGAUAUGCAGUGUUUGAGUACAUGGUGGUAUAAUGUGUCAUCAUGCAUUGGGGCCAUCCAUGUGAUUCUGAGAAACAGAAAGAGAUGGAAAUAGGAGCACGGAGAAUGUGGUCGAGUGCUCGGAGCUGCAAACAUUUUGACACCUGUGCACAACUGGUCACUCAUUGCAGAAAAGUGAUAUGGCUGCCAUAUUGUAGCCUUCAGAAUAUCCUCCUCUACACACAUACUGGCCUUCAGUAUGGGAGGAGUAGAGAGCAGAAUGCACCAAGGUUUAGCUUCACUGUCUGUGACACAGUCUGUGACUGUGAAAUGACUCAUUUUAAAUUAAGUGGUGCCUGUAUUAUUAUUUUUUCUUGUAACUAAAAGCAUGAUUGCUAUGCGCCUUUAACAGAUAGGUGUUUGAUUUUUAUUUAUUUUCAACAGACCUAUUAGUCCAACUAGGAAUCUUGUUGUCUCUUUCAAACAAGAAGCCCCACACAUGGCCUACCUUCAAAACAGGAUUGCAACCUGUUAUCAGUCUUGGCAGAUCUUGAUUACAACUGCGCUAAGUUGUUAAACUAAACGGUUAAAAUGUUGGUCAAAUGCACAAAAUACAGUAUGUGAAUGUAUUUUUAAUUGAUAGCAAUUAAAGUUUGAAUUGUUCAAAACAGGUAAUACUGAUGCCUUCACCUCUCCAAACUCAAGGCUGAUUAGUGAAGUUUAAGUUAGCAUGUCACCCUCUGGUGGUUGUGGACAAAGUCGCCAGAAUUACAGUGGAGUUUUUUCCUCACUCUGCUUCACUUAAAGAAUUAAACAUGGCAGCUUUACAAAUUAAAUCGAUAACAUUAUAGAUUGUAUUUGAGGAAGUCUUCUUUUCAAAAGUGAUUCAUUUUUU